AUGCGAAUUGCACAGCUAACUCAGGCUUUCAACCCGUUACUCCUGGCACUUUUGCUACUCCAGCACAUCAUCCUCACACCAACCGGGGCAGUUCAUCAGCUGGGUCCGCUGCAUCAUCGUUCGCGCCUCAAUGUCAUGGAUCAACCGGAUGACAUAGGAGACGAUGGCAAUGCCGAGAGAGGCGGCUGCGAUAUGAUGAAUCGCAACAAUCCAAAGCAAACAGCCACAAAUAUUGCCCAAAAGGCCGCCCAGGAGGCAGAGCAGGCGUAUGGCACACAGCAGUGUGCAGCAGACGAGGUCGCCCACCAGGUGAAAAAGCAGCUGGCCGACAAGGCGAACACGGCAGCCAAGGCAGCCGAAGCGGCGCUGUCAUGCAAGCAACAGAUGGUGGAGCAACUUGAGUCAGAGCUCUGCGUAUCGGAGACGGCAUUGCAGCAGGAAACCGCUUUGGUGGCAACCAGCCAAAACAAUUUAAAUUUCGCCUGCCAGUCGGCAAAGCAAGCACAUCAAUUGCUGCUUGCGCUGCAGAGCAUCAUCAAGAUUGCCCAUGAGAAUCUGGCGAAUGCCAAGAAUGCGGCUGCAGGUGCCCAACAGCAGCUGGCGGAGAAGGCGCAGCUUAUAGAGUCGGCACAGCAUCGCAUUGAUACGCUUAAGAAAAUGCUUGAAAACGCGCGCAAAGAUCUCGAAAACAUCAAAAAGUCUGCCUACAAGGCGGUCUGUGCUGCUGCCGAGGCACGUCAGAAGGCAAACAGAGAACGAAGGAACAGCGGGAGGAGCAGCAACCGAAGGAAGCGCCACAAGAUACACCAAAAGCAACAGCUUCAGUAG